UACUUGGGUAUAUAAAUGAUUUUUGUAUGCAGUAAUAUAGUAAUAUAGUAAAAAUAUAACCAAUAUGUUUUCCCAUAUUAUUAAAUCGUUUUGUUCAUUAGUAGUAUUGAUUGCCCUUGUACAGCAAUCUAGGGCAGACGAUUUGGAACAUUGUGAUCAAGUCGGCGGAAACAAGUUAGUAUACAACCACAAAGUUGAAGGAACAUAUAUCAAACUUCGUAUUCCCGAAGAAAACUUUCUUGAGAAUCUUAUUAACUGUUAUCAAAUCCUGGAUUUAACAGGUAGUUCAUGUAAACCGCAAAUUACAGAAGGAGGAUACAGCCAUAACUUUAUGGAGUUACUUCUUGAAAAUGCAAAAGGCGAAAUGAUGCAAUACGAAAUUCAAGUUUAUACUACUGUUCCAACUACUGAAAACCCAACAACAAUGUGGAAUGUUUUGUAGAUUGUUUAAACUUAACAAUAAAAACAUAACAAUAAUGUAAAAUAAAUAAAUAAAACUCUA